AUUUCCAUUACUUCCAUGUUGCCUUUAAAUUGCAUUAAAAUGAAUUCCUUCUUCGGCAAGCUCCUGUGCUUGAUCCUAUUGAUCUUGAAGUACCGCUAUAUUUGUGCCACUGAUCCUACUGAUGGAUUCACCCUUGUGCCACUAACAGAAGAGAACUUCAAGUUACAGAAACCCUACAACGAACCCCUCGAUGAUCGUUACAGUGACAAGGAUGGAGUUCGAAGUUUCUGGAUCUACAACCAUGACAAGCCAUUCAAAACGGAUAGCACAACUAGGCCCCGUUCGGAAGCGCGCAUAACGGGUCAUGACUAUUCUUCUGGGAUUUGGCAAUUCGAAGGCUAUGCAUUUGUGCCGAGUGGUACUUCUGGGGUUACAAUAGUGCAGAUCCAUGGUGCAGCUGAGGGAGCUACAUCUCUACAAUUAAGGAUGUAUGAUGGAGAUAUCAAAUACUACAAAUACAACGUAGUAGCUACCAAUCUCUAUGAUAAGUGGUUCAGAGUAAACAUAAUCCACAAUGUUGACAAAGGGAAGAUAAUAGUUUUCAUCGAUGGUGUCAAAAAGUUUGUGGUGAAAGAUCAGGGACCAGGGGACCUGUAUUUCAAAUGUGGAGUAUAUGCUGCACCAGAAAACUCGAGCAACUACAUGGAAUCACGGUGGAAAGAGAUCAAACUUUACAAAAAAUGAUGGGAUUUGUAGAAUAUUUCUAUUUACUAUAGCUAAAGUAUGCUGUUACA